AUGGCUGCUCGAUCCCCGCCAGUGGUGUUGGAACCGACCGAAGAGCUACCACCUCUGCCACAGUUUGAAUCAGAGGAUAUUCGAAGACAGGUGUUCACUCACCGCUCAUUCCAUGGGCGCCCCAACCAUAUCUUCGAGGAUCACCCCGAUGAUCCUGCCCCAGACAACGAAAAGUUGGAACAUGUGGGGGAUACGGUGCUUUCGCUCGUGGUGACCACCUUAAUGAAUGAAAUGUACCCGACUCUUCGCGUUGGUCCCUCCACAAAAAUGCGGGCCUUAAUUGUGAACAACGCCACACUUGCAAACAUUGCAGUGAGGUACAAUCUUCCAAAUGACCUCAGGCUUCAUCCUGCUCAGGCGGUGGCGUUGAAGGCAUCGGCUAAUGUCCAAGCGGAUUUAUUUGAGUCGUAUGUCGGAGGCCUACACCAGGACCGAGGAUUUGAGGUUGUUCAACGUUGGCUCAGAGACCUCUUUCGUCCCUAUGCAGUGUCUGCGUACCGCAUCGUUCGUACCCAACAUGGUUUAUUAGCGGAUUCUCAACCUCCAAGAUUUCACAAAUCCUUAGACGACCAGAACAUCCCUUCUCGUUCCCCCUUUGGUGAUGUCAACAGAGACAUGACGAUGACUACCGUCGGGCAUCUGGCGUUAUUCAACCAGCACAUUCAGAGAUCCAACCAGCCUGUCGAAUGGAUCUAUGAUUCAACAAAUCCGGAGGUCGACCCCUCCGCGCAAGGAGACAUACAACUGCUCAAACCAGAGAUGAUGAAAGGGAUGAAGGCAACGACAAUCUGGUCUGUCAGAGUCAUGGUUAAUGGGAAGUGUCUGGGAAAGGGGAGAGGGGGGACAAAGAAGUUAGCAAGGAACGAAGCCGCUAAGCUCGGAUUGAAGAGCCUGGGUAUACACGUUUAG